AAACAUGAGCGUCAUGUCUAAAGGCUAAAUAUACUUUGCGUUUUUGAGCUUCAAAUAGGACCCUUUAAUGCAAUUAUAUACGCAAGAUUCAAGUAUAAGUUUAUCAGGGUUUUAUUCUAUCUACACAGAUAAUGUAGAAAGAAACCUUACUAAAAUUAGGUUUAAGAAUAAUGUCACCAGAUGUAAACAAAUUGAAAAUCGCCUCAUUAUUGGUUUAAAUAUUUACCAGGUUACUAUUGAUCUAACAAGGGAAUUAAUCAGUUGUGAUUAAAAUAUAGUUAAUUUUUUUAUAUCAUAUUCCUUUAUAUAUUGUUAUUAUAUUGGAAUUAUGGACAUCGAAUGUAUAAUACUGCUUUAUAUUAUAAAAUAACUAAUGCGUAAAUUGUUUGGAGAAAUUGCACAUACUUUUUUAAUUAAUUUGUUCCCAUUCUCAAUUUAAAAGAACAUAGUAUAUAAUAUUGAAGAUAACACAUUGACCUUUCAUUGUAAUGAAGUUGAUAUUUUAUCUGUUAAAUUGUUAGUAUUACCAGGGCAGCGUUCUAGUGUUCUCAAGCUGCGAAGCUUAUAAAAAUGAUGGAAUAUUAUACAUCUGACAGUAGUGAUAGUGAAAAUAGUGUUAAAGUAAUAGAUUAUGCUUAUUUACUAUUAGACCCGGAACAGACAGAAGAUAAACUCAGCACAUAUUUUGAUGAAAAAAAAUCGUUUUCUCUUGUUGAGAGGUUAAUUUUGCAUCACAAUAAUCUUGUUACUCUACCAAAUUCUAUCUUUAAAUUUUCAAAUACUAAGGUUUUGGAUAUUAGUAAUAAUGGUAUCACUAUAUUGCCUGAUGUAUUUAAAUAUCUUCCAUUAACUAGCCUUAUAGCUAAAAAUAAUUUGCUUACUAACAAUUCAUUGCCGAAAAAUUUUGAAAAAUGCUCAACCUUAUUAGAACUUAAUCUGAGUGGAAACCAACUUAGUCAUUUUCCAGAACAGAUAUUAGACUUUGCUAGUUUAAAAUUCUUAUAUCUUGGAGGCAAUGGAAUGAUGGAAAUAUCAAGAAACAUCGGAAAGUUACAGAGUUUACAAAUGGUCUCUUUUGGUGGAAAUAAAUUGACGGAAGUACCUGCAACUUUAGGACUUCUACAACAUUUACAAGCACUGGUUUUAUGUGAAAAUAAUAUUGAGUGCUUACCUGCCAAUAUAGCAAAUUUGCAUAAAUUGAAGUCACUACUUCUUCACAAAAAUAAAUUGAGGACGCUGCCUCCUGAAAUAGUUGCAUUACGAAAUUUAACCGAGUUGAGUUUGCGUGAUAAUCCUUUGGUAGUCAGAUUUGUUAGUGACUUGAGUUAUAAUCCUGUUAGCUUAUUGGAAUUAUCAGCCAGAGUCAUCAAAUUAUAUAAAAUUCCCUACGAACGAGGUGAAAUACCAGCUACAUUGUUUAGUUACAUGAACUCAGCUCAUCAUUGCGUCAAUCCACAUUGUAAAGGUGUUUAUUUCGAUAAUCGGGUGGAACAUAUAAAAUUUGUAGAUUUUUGUGGAAAGUACAGGAUACCAUUACUUCAGUAUCUAUGUUCCUCAAAAUGUGCUAGUUCAGCGAGCGUUAGGGAAUGGAAGGACGAAAGUAUCGAUAGACCAUCAAGAUCGUAUAUGAUGAAAAAAGUUUUACUUGGAUAAAACCAGAAUUCUGCCAAAAAUAUAUUUAACUAGUAGAUGUAAAUAUAUAAUGAAUAUAUUACACUUUGAAAGUGUUAACCAAACAAUUUGUGAUAAAAUGUUUAAAUUAAAUUUUUUAUUUGUGUAAA